AUGUUUACGUUGUUCACAAUAGCAUUAUUAUCAUUUAACACGUUUACAGAAGCGAUACCGAUUACAGAUGCAGAUUCAAGAAUUUUUAGAGUUGAUCUUUAUAGAAAAGAAAUAUCCGCAAGUAAGAAACAAAAACCACGGAUAAUCCCAAAGUAUUCUAAUUUAUUAAAGCGUGAUUCACAAGAUUCACCUAUAACAAUACCUCUAGUCAAUGAAUAUAAUUGUGAUGGGAUUUAUUAUGGUUUAAUAACAAUUGGUGGUCAAUCUUUUACUGUAGAUUUUGACACCGGAUCUAGCGAUCUUUGGGUUCCAUCUAUUCAAUGUAAAAUUUCUGAAUGUGGUAUUCAUAAUAGAUUUGAUCCUAAAAAGUCUUCUACAUUUGUCCCUGCUCCAGAACCAAAUAAUUUUACAAUAAUUUAUGGAUUAGAUGAUGAUACUUCAUCUAUUGCAUGUGGUUAUAUUGGUCAAGAUACUGUUACUUUUGGUAAUAUAACUGUAACAAAUCAAACUUUUGGAUUAGCUGUAUAUGACGAUUUUGGUAUGAUAUUAGAAGAAGAUGGUGUCCUAGGUCUUUCAUUUCCUCAACUUAGCAUGUUUGAAGCUCCUGGUGUUAUUCAAACAAUGAAAGAUCAAAAUAUGAUUGAUAAUGCUGUAAUUGCGUUUCACUUGGGAAGACACAAACUGGCAUCAAAUGAUAAAAGUUUUAUGAAUCUUGGUGGUACUGAUUCAAAUGCAUAUGAAGGUGACAUUGUGUAUAAUGAUUUGCUUGAAGUCUUAUCAUCUAUGGGAUAUUGGGCGAUUGUGAUGGAUGAUGUUUAUGUAAAUCAAAUUUCAUUGGAAAAUACUUAUUCAGCUGCUAUCAUAGACACCGGCACAACUAAUAUUUGGGGCGAUUCUGAAUGUGUUAAGAAAAUCCAUCAUAAAAUUCCCGGUUCUUAUUUUGAUGGCGCUUUAUGGUAUAUUCCAUGUGAUACGCAAACUGUAGUCACUCUAGUAUUCAAUAGUACACCGUAUGAUAUAAGUCCUGUUGAAUUAGUUGUACCAGAAAUAAUGUUGGGAUAUUUGUGCCAAUCUGCCAUCCAAGAAAUGCCAGAAGAUAUUCCGAGUAAAUUAUGGUUAGUUGGUGCCUUUUUUUUGUCGAAUGUUUAUAGUGUUUUUGAUUUCGAUAAUCUUCAAAUUGGAUUCGCUAAAGCUAAAGAAGAAUUAAUUGAAGCAAUCAAAUUAUUCAAAAAAUGCUGGUCUACUGAACAAUGUCAGCGCCCACUUUCAAAAGAAGUUUUAGUCGAACUUAAUAAACUAUCUGAAGAAACAUCGGAUUUGAUGGACAAUUUAGAUCAGAUUGAAAUACAAAAAGAAGCUUUAGUAAAAAGUGAGCCUAAUGAGAUUAAAGUAGAACAAAAAGAUACACUUAAAAGUUCAGAAAAAUAUCAAUUCAAUGACCCUAAAUUGAGUAACAGCACAGCAGCUGAUAAAACAGAACUAAUUAUGGAAAACAAUGAAAAGAUAGCUCAGGAUGUAAAUUAUAUAAAAGAUCUAAUGAAAAAUGAA